CAACACCAACACCACGACUCAAUCACAAUCACCACAAUCACCACCACCACUACCAAUGCAAUGAUACUCCGCCCAGGCAGCGCCCUCGCUGCGACCUUCGCCCUCUCCUCUCCCUGCCACCGACCCUUUCUCCUGCGCGCCGCUCCGCUCUUCCUCCAUCCCGCCCAGCGCUUCGCCUCGCAUUUGCCGCCGCAGAAACAAAACCUGGUCAAAAAGCCAGCGCCGACUCCCCCCGUCCAGCGCAAUGUCGACCCCGAAGAGCUAGUCAACCCGCCCGUCUCGACCUCCCCAAUUCCCCUCGACCUGCCCGAGCGCGAGCCCGGUCAAAACUACUUCAGCCACCUCCUGCGCACCGGCAAACAAUACCUCGCCUUCUACAAGGCCGGCGUCAAGAAUGUCAACGUGAACCGCGGCCUCGCGGCGAAACUGGGCCACGCGCGCGCGUUCCCCCAGCGCCCGGAUCAGUGCACCCUCUCGCGCGCCGAGUUCCAGCUGAUCCGCCGCUCGCGCUACGACAUGCGCCGCGUGCCCGUGUUCGCGGUGCUGCUGCUGCUGCUGGGCGAGUGGCUGCCGCUGGUCGUCGUCUUCGUGUCCGGCCUCGUCCCGCGCACCUGUCGCAUCCCCAAGCAGAUCAGCAAGGACCUGUACAAGCGCGAGCUGCUGCGCCGGAACGUGCCCGUCUUCUCCGACCCGGCGUAUGCGCGCGAGCAGCCGCGCAACUGGCUGGUCCUGCGCAAUCGCGCCCAUGGCUUGUUGCCCGCGUGGUUGCUCCAAACUGCCGCGCCCCUGUGCCCGACUUAUCUGCUGUGGUUCCGCCUGCGUGCUCAUCUCCGCUAUCUGGCAGUCGAUGACUACCUGCUAAAGCGCGAUGGCGGCGAGAAGCUGUUGAUUGCGCGCGAGCUGCGCACUGCCUGUGAUGAGCGUGGCAUCAACACGGGUUCCAAAGACAAGCUGACCAUGCAGCGUGCGUUGGGGACGUGGUUGAGCGCGUCUCCGGAGAAGAAGGGUUACGACAUGUUCGGCCUCGACGAAAAAGACGACAAGUAGGAGCGGUCCUACAAUGUAUUGCAAGACAAAUCUCCACUACUGUAUACCUAGUACAAAAUACAUCAAGCAUUUUAUAUAUGUAUCAC